CCUGGAGGCGCCGAGUGGGCAGUGGCUGUGUGGUUUUAAAUCGUGCGUGAUUCGCCUGCGUCGGUGUGCUAACCGCUAGCAAUCAAGACUGCUAAGCCACCUCUAACCGACCCACAAAUUACCCGCGCCGCCCUCCGGCAGGACGGCACCGACCGUGACCCGUGACUUGUGACUCGGUCCGUGCGGGCCAGGUCAGGUCAGGUCAGUCCGGAUCGUUUCGGGAUGGGUCUGGGCCCGCUGGCCCGGGCCCGGGCGCGGCUGCUAGCGCUGCUGCUGCUCUGCCUCGGCUCGCUGCUCGUCUGCGGCGUGGCGGUGGGGGGCCGGCCGCGGCGCCAGGCGCGGCUCGUGACCGUCCACCACGGCCAGACCAUCGCCACCGUGCACUUCGACCCGGCCGGCAACAUCACGCGCUGCCAGAUGAUCGAGGUCAAUUUCCCGGCGGAGGAGCAGACCGCGCUAGCCACCAUCUCGCAGGAGCGACCUGUCACCGAGAUCACGUUCCACCAGAUGAUGACCACGCUGCGGCUCUGCCAGCAGCUGGACGCCGUCCGUCCGCGCCGCCAGGGCGUCUUUGGCCGGCCAAGGGGCCGCCAGUGGGACGGGCUCGCGCUCCUCAGGGGCCUCGUGCCAGGUACCAAAUGGUGCGGCCUGGGAGACUCGGCGUCCGACUGGAACGACCUCGGGCCUAACUUUGCCCUGGAUAGCUGCUGUCGCACCCAUGACCUUUGUCCGGUCAAGGUCAAGGCCUACAGACGCCGUUAUGAUCUCUUCAAUUGGUCACCGUACACAAAGUCUCACUGCGACUGCGACGACGAGCUGUACAGGUGCCUGAAGGCGGCAGCCGUGCCGGAGGCGGACGACAUCGGCCGACUCUACUUCGACGUGCUGCGCGUGCAGUGCGUGCGCGGCCCGGUGUGCGCCGCCGCCGACGACGCCGACACCUGCCUGGAGCGGCCGAAGGCGGCCGGCCGGGCCCAGCACCGGCUGAGCUUCGCCGGCCCGAGCCGGCCGUACCGCAGACCCCGCCGGCCAGGUCACGCACAACCCACCGACGCCCGCGGACGAGGCCGGUCAGACGCUGCCGUCCGCGGCGCCCGGGGCGGUGGCGCUACCACCCGGGCGGCCAAGGGAGGUGACCCUACCGCCGGCCACUCCCAAGCCGAUGUGCCUAGAGAGAUGACCGAUUCGCGGUUCGCUUCUGCCACCAACGGGACAUCGACCGAUGCCACCAGGAGCGGUGUCAGCACAGUUAGCUCCCAGAGUCCCGCGGCAGAAUCUGUGAAGAGUCAAGGGUAGUGCUGUGGAAGUUCGUCCGAAACAGGAUAUACCAAGAAGGUUACAUUAGCCAAAAUAAUUUAAGAGGAAUGCUUACCCCUUCGUGUGAUAAUCGAUGGACCAUAAAAUGUCUGUGUCCAUGUUCCGACUGCAGAACACAUCGGUGCUAAAACACGACAGCGGCGCACAAUCAGCUCCAUGUGAGCAACGGGUCGCCUGGCCGCCACAUCUGCGUACCGUUAUCGUUUGAUUCACAGCCAACUGAUCAGGCACGUGCUAACUGCCCAGAACGAGCGGCCACCAGCGGAGAAAUGACAGUGAUUUAGUGGCACAUAGACCUGCCGGACCAGGCUGGUGAGACGUUGAAACACCACGCUGACCGCCACGUUUUAGUGUUCGACCAAGCUGUCGAAUGUGGCAGCCAUCACGCGGAGGGGAGCGUGAGCCGCUGCAGGCCCGAUCGCGCCGGACCAGUUCAUCCACACUUCUCACUGAAAUGAUGCGCAUUACGACCGAUUUGUACUGUGCCGUCGCACCAGUGGAGUGCAGUGCUCCGCACGCUAUAACCACACAUUGUGUCACGUGGAAUGGCUUCUGGUGUCGCUGUGCGCUGGAGGUUCUAUUUCUGGAUGCCAAGACGGCCACGUCAGGAUGAUCACGCGCGGGGACGAGGUGGCG